AUGGCAGAGCCACGAGUAGCACCAGAAGCAGCAGCAGUGGUGCCGGUCAGCAGCGGAUGGCGUGGAGGUGGGCAGGAGGGAGGCGUGGGAGGCAGAUCAAGGCAUGUGUGUGCUUUCUGUAUGGUGAUUCUGGCAGCAGGGAUGAUUCCGGGCAGCAUGGCAGAGCCAUGGGAUGCAGUAGCAGUGGCGGCGGUGAAGGCGGCAAGCCACGAGUAUGGUGGAGGUGGGGAGGAGGGAGGUUACCCUCCUCAACCCGCCAUCACCCUCCCAUCUGCUCCCCCACCAUCCCAGCCAAGCUCCAGCAUUGGUUCCAUUGCACCUUCAGGCACCAACUCUCCCUCCUUCCCAUAUCACCUACACCACAACCGCAAGACGUGCAAUCACCCUAUUCCCCCCUCCGCGCCCCACCCUCCCUCCUGUGCUGUGUAUUUAUACAUCUGUCUACUGUCUCUUAACUAUCCCCCCCCCGGCCCACCGAAGCCCCUCUCUUACGAGGUGCUCUCUCAGGCGCCUUGCCAUCAUGGCAUGGCAUGGGGGGAGUUGAAGCUGGUGGCGACAGGAGUGGCUGGAGUGGGAUAG